CGAGGUUCCGCGCUGGCCCGCUGUCGGUCGCGGCCGACGUUGCACUCGUCCUCUUGCUCGUCCUCCACCACUUUCAUUCUGUCGUCGACCGCCAUGCUCGCCCGGAGCACGCUUCGUCUGGCUGCCCAGCCUCCAGCGCUGGGUGCCGCCCCCGCUGGUGCGCGUAACAUGGCGACCCUCCGCGAGAUUGAGCUGCGUCUCAAGUCUGUGCGGAAUAUUGAGAAGAUCACCAAGUCCAUGAAAAUGAUUGCCUCCACAAAACUCAACAAGGCACAGCGCGCCAUGCAGGCAGGCAAGCAGUAUGGUGUCGCAAACUCGGAGGUCUUCCAGCACGCACCGGCAGAAGAUCCCGCCAAGCGCAAACUCUUCAUCGUCAUCUCCUCUGACAAGGGUCUCUGCGGUGGUAUCCACUCCUCCGUGACGAAGGCCACACGCCGCAUCUUUGCCGACACGGAGAGCAGCGUAGAGUCGGACUCGCCCAUCAUGGUCAUCGGUGACAAGUCGAAGGCGCAGCUCUCCCGUGCGCUCGGCAAGAACCUCGUCAUGAGCUUCAACCAAAUCGGUCGUGACAUCCCUACAUUCGCGGAUGCGGCGGGCGUCGCGGAUUUGAUCAUCAAGUCGGAUGUCAAGUACGACAGCAUCGCGAUCGUCUACAACAAGUUCGUGUCUGCUAUCUCGUAUGAGUCCGCCGUCAUGGAGGUCGAGACCGAGGAGGCGUUGAAGAACUCUCCCGGCUUCAAGGCCUACGAGAUGGAGGAGGAGGUCACCAAGGACCUCGCUGAGUUCGCGCUCGCCAACGCGGUCUACGCUGCUCUUGUGGAGGGCCACGCGUGCGAGCAGAGCGCUCGUCGCAACGCCAUGGACAACGCUUCGAAGAACGCGUCGGACAUGAUCGGCAAGCUCCAGAUGCAGUACAACCGUGGUCGCCAGGCCUCCAUCACGAACGAGCUCGUCGACAUUAUCACUGGUGCCAGUGCGCUCUGAGUGUGGCUGCUGGCCGUGCGCGUGCGAUAGAAUAGUGGAAGUCUGUGUUCAUGUCCUGUACCUACGGGUUGCAUAUGAACCGUCACAUCUAAUUGCUUUGAAA